ACUCCUUCCCGACGGCCAAUGAGACGCGAGCGGCGGGGCGGAGCGUUUGACCCCCGAGCGAAACGCAGCGCGCGACCUCACAUUCCACCCGCCAGUACCGCACGCACGCGCUCCACCGUUGCAUGGAUUACGCCGUUUCCCUGCAGCUUCAGCACAAGCUCGCCGAGCCUCCGACGCGUUUACCGCGCGACUACACACUGCAGCUACAGAUGAAGUCAACAGAAGUGGAACAGGGCCUUUUCACGGACACCUACUGCAAAGUGUGCAGUGCGCAACUCAUCUCCGAGUCUCAGAGAGUGGCACACUACGAGAGUCGAAAACAUGCAAACAAAGUGCGUCUCUACUACAUGCUUCACCCAGUGGAUGGAGGAUGUCCGGCCAAGAAACUACGGACACACAACGGCAGCGAGGAAGGAGAUGUGGACAAGAAUAAGUGCUGCACGUUGUGUAACAUGUCCUUUACCUCAGCCGUGGUUGCGCAGUCGCAUUAUCAAGGCAAGAUCCACGCUAAGAGACUCAAGCUAGUGCUUGGAGAACAGCCUAGCAUCAUAGGGAAAGAGGUUGCACCCAGUCCAGUUAAAAUGCCAUCUGAAAGCUGGCCACAGCUGAAUGGGGACUCAGAUCGCUACUGCCAGCUGUGCCACGCGUGGUUCAACAACCCGGGCAUGGCGCGACAACAUUACGAUGGCAAGAAGCACAAGAAGAAUGCAGCACGUGCCGACCUGCUGGAGCAGUUAGGCAAGACACUGGACAUGGGUGAAAUGAAAGGUCUGAAGCGUAGCUACACUUGCGACGUGUGCAGCGUCACGCUCAACUCCGUGGCACAGUACCACGCACACCUGCAGGGCUCCAAACACCAAAACAACUUAAAGAAUCAGUUAUGUGUCCAGUAACGUGGUGCAGGAAGCUAACUGUCAGAUUGAUUGAUGUCACACGGGCUUUGAUUAGCUCGCCCAGAAUCUCUGCCACUUCCCUUUGUCUGUUACUUCUUCCAUGUCUGCAUUUUGAAGUCGCUGUCUGUCCAUCCAAACCAGGAAGACCAAGAUUUAUUUAUUUAUUUAUUUAUUUAUUUAUUUAUGACUGUAAGAAUGUCAUUAUACCCACUGCUUAAAAAAUACUUCACAUUUUAUUUUGACAAACACAUUGCAUUUUUCAUGUCAUGUUUGUAGGAUUAUUUACAGAACCGUAUCUUCUGUCUCAUCCUGUAUGUUUGCGGGUUUAACAGCUUCGACUUUCAUUGCGUUCUGUCAGCCAGGGGUUGCGAUGAUGCAUGAACAAUUUUUUUCUUUUUUUUACCCAGCUAAGCAAUAUGUAUUAAAGAAAAUCAAAUGUAUUAUUAAUGAAAUGGAUUCUGACUUAAUAGCAACACUGAAAGAGAAAUAUGGCAAAUAGUACUUUAAAGCCAGAUAUACGUGCAUCUCACCUUGUACAACAAGGGCAUUGUGGGUAAUCUGUUAGGAGAUAUGGCCAUAUCAUCAGGGUUUGAAAUACUAAGAUUUCACUAGUACUUUGGUUUAAAUUGACAAGUGCAACACAAUGUCUUCCUCAUUUUACCCCAAAUAUAGUGGAUCAACCAAAAUUUGAUGUCAGAUGUUUGCAUUAUUAGUUGUGACCUGGAGCUGCGAGGCUAAUGAGUAUGAAAUAUUCAAGCCUCCAGUUUAGCAUCACUUACAGUACCUGCAUGCCCAAGCAGACUUAAGAACAAACCAUGUUAAUCAACUAUAUUUGAGAUAAUGAGGACAUGUGUGUAAAUAUU